GUUAUGUCUGAGCUCUGCAACUCAGACUCCAUUUUGGGGCUAGAUAUUCUACUUUAGUAAUUUAGUUAGUACUUUAAAUCUGCCUUGACUUUACUACUGCAACUGCUGUUUCGAAACCUGGAUUAUGCUAUAUCACAUUCAAGAGCUCUUAAAGAAACAGCUGUCUCCAGCUUGCCAAAAUCAUGGAGAAUGAAGUCUUUGCGUCUUUCGUUUUCUUUGCCACGCUCCUGAUCCUGAAAAUGUACGCGGUGGCCAUCAUUACGGGACAAGUGAGACUUCGGAAAAAGGCAUUUGCGAAUCCUGAGGAUGCUCUGAGACAUGGUGGCCUGGAGUUCUACAGAGAAGACCCCGAUGUGCAAAGGUGUCUCAGAGCUCACCGCAACGAUAUGGAAAACAUCUACCCGUUUUUGUUCAUCGGGUCAGUCUAUAGCUUCCUGCACCCCAAUCUGGUCGUGGCUCGGAUCCACUUUCUGAUUUUCUUCCUCGGCCGGAUGAUUCACACCGCGGCGUAUCUCCUCCAGAUGAGAGCCCCCAUCCGCUCGGUGGCCUACAGCGUGGCUCAGAUUCCGUGCUUCUCCAUGGCCCUACAGAUUGUCAUCUCAGCUAUCAAGCAUUAGCGAAAGUCAGUGACCUUUGUCCCCAGUGGCUUGUGUGAUGGGAAAGAGAGAAUGCGAAGGAUGGCAGAAAUCCAAGCAGAGGGAAUAAAUGUUUCAUCUGGGUUAUCGUUAGCUAGCUUUGACUUCUCUCUCAUGGGUGGAAAGGGACUGUAUUUGGUGGUGUUCUUAUCUCCUUGUCUCUGGUUGUAAGCUGUGGGUUAUAAUUCUGUAAGGUCUGAGGUUGCUUUGGAGAGAUUUAAGAUGUGGGCAUGCCCAGCACAUUAGGACCUGGCUGGGUGUGUAUGAAAAGAGGAUUUCUUCUGCAAAAAUUGAAGGAUGCAAUAUUUUUUCGUCUUGAGGGCCACCUUAGCUCAGUUGAAAUCUCUUGGGGGCUCUCUCCGUUCCAGCUAUGACUACGUUGAAGCCCGACAUGUGCUGAGUUAUGAAUGUGACUCUUAAUCUUCACACAGUUGUAACCGAAGAAGCAAAAAAAAAAAAAAACAUUAAAAGAAAUGUGCAUUCCA